UGGCCGGAUGUAUGCAAGUAGGCUUUCUUCAUGUUAAACAGACCAUCAUUCUCAGGGCACCAAAUCCUCAUCUCCUGCCCUUGUCUAGCCACUUCAACAUUCUGAGCGACCAGGUCCAGGCUAGGGAAGAUGUUCACAAGAGCUUGAGGCAGGACUAUCUUAGAGUCAUAAAGAAGAGAGCUAAGCAUAGUCCUCAAAUGGCAAUGAAAUUGUUCUGGGAUGUGUAAGUGCUCCACAAGAGGCUUUCCACUCCAAUUAUCUUGCCAAAAAUUAAUGUUUGUCCCUGAACCAACAAGCCAACCGGAGUUUGCUUUGAAAACAUGAAACCGUUGCUUCACCCCAGUCAAGAUGGAAGAUGACACAUGGUGCUUGAUGUGCCCUCCACCUCUGUGAACUCUAGCCCUCAGAAUUAAGGCCCAUUGAUCCUUUGAAGACGACACCCUUUCUAGACUCUUGGCCCAUUACGGAGCUUCCUCUGUUCGCCUUUGUUCCGGUGGAAGGUUGAGAAAUUGUGCUUUUGUGGAUUUCAAAAAUGACAUGCUGGCAUCUCAAGCACAGCGCCAACUAAAUGGGUUGAAAUUUCUUGGUAAAGUCUUGUCAGCUGAGAAAGCUAGUAAGCCAAUUGCGAAUGAGGAAAAAAGCAGCGGAGCUCAGCUGGGAAAAGACUCUAAUACACCAGUGGUGAAGAAUGAAAAUGUAACUAAACCUAUUGACGGAGACACAAAAUCGGGAGGCCUCCCUAUUCAGGAGCCAAUUGCCCAUAGAGUUGGUGUUGAUUAUCCAUUUCCUCCUCAUCUUGAGUAUGCUUAUCCUCCACCGGAUGGAAAUAUACUGACCAACAUCGUCAAUGCUCUAAUUGCUGUUCCCCGCUUUUACACUCAGGUUCUACACUUGAUGAACAAAAUGAACAUUCCUCCCCCCUUUCGUAUGGCACUACCCACGCCACCAUUACCUCCAGAGGUGCCAGCCCCACCUUUACCUCCUCCUCAUUCUGUAACUGCGAAGCCUCAAUCUGCAGAUAUGUCUAGUGAUGAAUCAGAAAUGGGAUCUUCAGAUGAGGAGGAUGGAGCAAGAGCAAAAAAUUCUGGACGAAAGCGUGCCAGGCGUGGGGCCAUUGUUGGCCCUGCUAUUGAUAAAGAUGUGGCUCAUGAGUCUGUUGGAGUAAAACCUGCCACUUUGAUCCCGAAAGAAAUCCCGAUGAUAAAAAAGAACCCCGUCUUAAAGAUCAAAAUUGCUCCCAAAGCAACCCUGAAUGAACAUAAGGAUAAUGACACAAGUCCAGAGUUACAAGAGCCAGAAAAAGAGACUCUAGAUCCCAACAAGUUUUUGACUCCGGAAGAAUUAGAGAGAGGAAAGUUACCUCCUGAGGAAAUAUUAUCUCUUCCAAUGUUUAAGAACUAUACAGCAGGAAAUCCUGCUUCUGUGUUGUAUAUUAAGAAUUUGGCAAAAGAUGUGAUUGCUGACGAUUUCUAUUUUUUAUUUGGGUCCUUCUUUGGAAGUACCGAGGCUGCUAAGUCUGGUCUUCAAGUCAAAUUGAUGCAGGAAGGAAGGAUGAAGGGUCAAGCUUUUUUAACAUUCCCCUCCACAGAACUGGCUCAUCGAGCUCUGAAUCUAGUGAAUGGACAUGUAUUUAAAGGCAAGCCAAUGAUCAUUCAGUUUGGCCGGAAUCCUACUGUUGCCAAAGGAACUUAAAUCUAUAGACAUAGAAAGGAUGUAUUCAUAUGGUGUUUUAAGAACCAAGUGAUUCUCCAGUGCUCGCUGUUUGAUCACGUGAUAGCUACCAAAUUGUUAAUGAUGCAUUCUUCAUUCAAUGACUGGGAAAGGACUCUGUGAUAGACCUAGACCAUUAGGGCAUCAACGUUCACAAAUAUUCACGUGCAUUCUCCUUGGGUGUAUAGUGAACUUCAGAUUAAAAAAAACCAGUUUGCAUAGGAAUCUAUAAUUCAGAACCAGAUUAUUUGCAAGUGGGGUUGAAUAUGCAGACCAAGCUUAUUUAUUACGAAGGAGAUAUUGCUAUUGCCGAAUGCUGCAUGCAGUCUUUAUUGGCACCCAAAAAAAAAUGAUUCACUUUUAUCAUACAAACAUGCUGAUUCUCUUGAUUGUACAGAAAAUAUAGGGUGGCACUUAGUUCAUUUUCUGAUGCAGCAGUACUUUGUAGGGAACUUGCUACAGCACUUUGUCCGUCCAUUUCAUCGUUUCUUUCUAUAUUUCUUGGAUAUUGCAUUAGGUUUACAUAUUUGUUUAUCAUAGAAUUAGAGACGUUGGACUUGUGUUAUUUACCUCCCUUUUCUGAUAACAUUUUGGUUGUAAUAUAUAGUUUGAUAAA